AUGCCAACGCCACCGACAGCAUAUGAGCCCUACUCUUCUCAACAACGCGAAAGACGAGAGAAAAACGACAAAAUGGCACUUCCUGGAUCGGACCCAUUUAUCACACUGCCCUCGGAGCUGUGUGUCCAGAUCUUCGCCAUGACCGGCAGCCUGUGGACUGCGUCACGGGUCAUCAAAGCAUCCCCAGUAAUGCUUAGACAAUACCUUGGUAAUAAGAUGCACGUCAUACGGGAUAUUAUUCAAUAUGACCAAGACAUGAUGCAAGAUGCCAUGGGGAUUCUUCUAUUUCCAUGCGUUUCGUCCCCUGAACAGGGACUUCUAUAUGACCGUCCUGCAACCGUCAUACGCUCGCAUAUUCGCAAAUGGUCAAAGUCUCAACUCCCAGACCCCCUGAAAAAGAAGAACGACCUUGUGAUAAGUCAGCUGUGCAAAUUACACAGUCGAAUUAUGCUUCUUACCGAGGACUACAUCACUAAAGCCACUGCUUUCUUUCCGCCUCGGGAAUACCUCUGUUUACCACAGGUGCAGGACCUGUCUGAACGUCACCUUUUCUUCAAAGGCGACAAAGUCACAGCGCUAUCCAAUUUUACAAAUCUCACGACGUUGGAGAGAAAGAGAUUUGUAAAGGCGUUUCUGAUGUACUAUCUGAUGGCCAAGAUCAAUCAUCUCGGUCAACUCCCUCGUCGCGUGCCACAACGCAAAGUCAGUAAAGCGGAGGAAGAGGCUGUUUAUUGUGUGGUGUCUUACGUGAAGACUCUGUACGGCUCAAUGUUUGCACAGUGCGCCGACGCUUGGCUUCCAACUACAUCAUCAGUCAAUUCACCUGAAAGCGGGUUACUAUAUCCCGAUAACUUUGAUUUCGACGCUAAUGUGUAUGCGUUGGACAUGAAGUUGGAUGAUCACACCAGAUUCUUCUACAGCCACGAUUUCGGCAGCGAUUUCGAAAGGCUUGGACCUGAUCGUCUCUUUGACUUCCUUCGCCAUGAUUUGUCCAAAGAAGAUGAAAGACAGGGUCUCAAGGCUAAAUUGCAGAUCGCUGCGCAAUGGGAGUGCGAGCACCGCUGCCACGAUGUGUACGAUACUCUUGACGUGUUUUUCGAACCCGACAAGGACUACAAAGAUGGACACGAAUCGUCUAUGUAUGAGCACUUGUCCGUGGAGCUGAACAUCGAUUCGGACAGUGGUAGCCCUGCAUGGAAACUUUGCACACAGCGAGCUUGGGUGUUUUUUGAUGAUAACCGAUUUUAUCCUCAAGGGACUAAAAAACGACCAACAUUCCCAUCCGAUGAUUUCCUCCGGAAACAAAGCAGGCGUACUCAAUACAAUUGGGACAAAACGAGGGCUUUGCGACGAUCACAACAGUGGCAUGAAGGAAUCAUCGUCCAUAUUGACACUGACCAAAUUGAUAGACUUUGA